AUGCUGCGGCCACCGCCCUCCCCCGGGCUGGGGGCCCUCUUGCCUGUGGUCCUGGCCCUCCUUGGCCUCUCCUGGGCAGAGGUGUGGCCCCUCCAGCUGCAGGAGCAGGCUCUGAUGCCUGGAGGCCUGAGCAAGAAGGAGAGUUUCUUGCUUCUCUCCCUGCACAACCGCCUGCGCAGCCGGGUCCACCCCCCAGCGGCCAACAUGCGGAGAAUGGACUGGAGUGAGAACCUGGCCCGGCUGGCUCAAGCCAGGGCAGCCCUCUGUGGCGCCCCUGCCCCAAGCCUGGCAUCCACCCCGCAGGUGGGCUGGAACGUGCAGCUGCUGCCCACAGGCUCGGCAUCCUUUGUCGACGUGGUCACCCUGUGGUUUGCAGAGGGCCAGCAGUAUAGCCACACAGCGGCUGAAUGUGCCCACAACGCCACCUGCACCCACUACACUCAGCUCGUGUGGGCCACCUCGAGCCAGCUGGGCUGUGGGCGGCAUCUGUGCUCCGUGGGCCAGGCAGCAAUGGAAGCCUUUGUCUGUGCUUACUCCCCUGGAGGCAACUGGGAGGUCAGCGGGAAGAUAAUCGUCCCCUAUAAGAAGGGUACCUGGUGUUCACUCUGCACAGCCAGUGUCUCGGGAUGCUUCAAAGCCUGGGACCAUGCAGGGGGGCUCUGUGAGGUCCCCAGGAACCCUUGUCGCAUGAGCUGCCGGAACCAUGGACGUCUCAACGUCAGCCCCUGCCACUGCCACUGUCCCCCUGGCUAUACGGGCAGAUACUGCCAAGUGCGGUGCAGUGUGCAGUGCGUGCAUGGCCACUUCCGGGAGGAGGAGUGCUCUUGUAUCUGCGAUGUUGGCUACGGGGGAGCUCAGUGUGCCACCAAGGUGCACUUUCCCUUCCACACCUGCGACCUGAGGAUCGACGGAGACUGCUUCAUGGUGUCUUCAGAGGCAGACACUUACUACAGAGCCAAAAUGAAAUGCCAGAGGAAGGGCGGGGUGCUGGCCCAGAUCAAGAGCCAGAAAGUGCAGGACAUCCUCGCCUUCUACUUGGGCCACCUGGAGACCACCAACGAGGUGACCGACAGCGACUUUGAAACCAGGAACUUCUGGAUCGGGCUCACCUACAAGACUACCAAAGAUUCCUUCCGCUGGACUACUGGGGAGCACCAGGCCUUCACCAGUUUUGCCUUUGGACAGCCUGACAACCAGGGGUUUGGCAACUGCGUGGAGUUGCAGGCAUCAGCCGCCUUCAACUGGAAUGACCAACGCUGCAAAACCCGGAACCGUUACAUCUGCCAGUUUGCUCAGGAGCACAUUUCCCGGUGGGACGCAGGACCCUGAGGCCUGGCCAUGCGGCUCCCCUGCCAGCCCCUGGGGGGUACUAGCUCAGCUUGCCUGCCUGCCCACGGGGAUCAACAUGCCCAACACCCAAGAGGUCUCAGACCUUACACAAUGCAGGAGGUUGGGCAGAGUGUGGCAAGGAGGCCAGUGAGGGAUGGGGAGCGUGUGUCAGAGGAGCCUAGCCCCUGAGCCUGCUCUUGAGUGGGACAAUGGACUUCAACUAGGCACCGAUGCCGAAGCCAGCGCCAGUAGUCAGAAGAGACCUCUCUCCUCCACCCGAGCCAGACCCUCCGGCACUUCCCCACCGAUGUGCUCCACAAAGGAUUAAACUAAGUUAUGAGUCAGCUGAA